AUGAACCUCAGCACGCCGAAGGUUCGUCUUCCUUGCAACUCGGGCACGAAUUCUGCGAAAUCCAAUAAUCUCGCAGUGACAACACCUGCUCCUAAACCGGCUGCCUCUGAAGGCAAAUCGACACCAGAAGAAGUAGAAGAAGCGAUUUCCACCAAACAGAGCACUACUCCGGAUGCCGGGCAUCAUUGCGCACUGCCAUCGAGCAUGCUUAAUUUAUUCAGCUCGCAAUUUGAGCUGCUGGAGAGAGCGGUUGAGGAUCUUCGAUCCCUCAUAUCAAGAAAAUUCGAUGCCGUGGCUGGAGCCACAGUCGGUGCACCAGCGAGCAGUGGACAUCAGGAAGAUUUUACAGCUCGUAUAGCAUCCCUAGAGGGGAAAAUCGACGCCCAGUCUACCAAGCUCGAUGGCCUCCAUAACGACAGGAUGCUACUUCUACAGGAGAACACCGUCUUGAAAGAGCAACUCAACGGCCUCGUGAGGAAGAUCGAAGGUAUGGCGGACAGUGUAGCGUCGAAAUGUCGUGCGCAUGACUCAGAGGUGGAGGGGAAGCCGGGUAUCCCGGAGUAUCUUAUGUGCGGCGUUCAGCAGGGUAAUAAACCACCAAUCUUCGUUGCCGUAAUCUAUCGUCCACCGGGUGUAUCUUACUCUGAUAAUUCAGAGCUCGCGAACAACUUGCGUAGAUACUCUGCGGGGUAUGAUUAUAGGCUCGUAAUGGGCGACCUGAACGCCAACAUGCUGUCAACCUCACAUGAUGCGGAAUUUGUUAGAGACCUCGCCUGUGAAUUGAAUCUAAAACUGGUAAAUCACGGCGCGACUCACCACGUCAGAGAUUCUCACACAUGGAUCGACAUGAUCUUUACUGACGACGACAAUGUAGUGCUGAGUGCAAGCAACUCGCCAGCGAAUUUCAGAAGCAGCCAUACCAUCAUUGACGUUGAGAUUUAUUUCCAGACGACAGAGCCCCCUGCUCUCAACAGUCUUACAUACAGGGACUUUAAAUCGAUAAAAUCUGACGAGCUCUUAUCCCUGCUGGCUGCUUGUGAUUGGUCGUCGGUUAGUUGUUCCGACAGCGGCGUUGACACCCGACUAGAACACCUUAGUCAAAAACUCUUGACAGUCAUUGACCAACUAGCUCCGCUAAAAGAAUUUAAACCGAGACAGAAAGACUAUCCUCCAUGGGUCGACGCCGAAUUGAGACACCUGUACAGCCGACGAGACGCUUUAAAAAGACGACACAAACAUGCCCGACGAGGCUCUAGACGACUUGACGACCUAUGGACCGAAUAUCAGGCUCUCGCCGCUGAGGCUGAACGCUGUACUAAUCAAGCGCGAGAAGAAUUUAUUCAAAAUCGAAUUUUCGACGCGCUGGAAAACAAUAAAAACGUCUGGAAUGAAUUACGGAGUCUUAGCCUUAUUUCAAAGGCCAAAGAGGAUUUACAUGGCUUCACCACGGAUGAAUUAAACACGCAUUUCGCUGGGGUGUCCAUAUCUGAUGCCGAGCGCGAGGUUGAUCUGAGAAGCAUCCUGGCCGAGGCCAACGAGGAUGGUUUCACUUUUCGUGAGGUCACCUUUGCGGACGUUGUUCUGGCUGUCGCUCACUUUUCAUCUCAAGCAAAGGGGGAGGAUGGGAUACCUCAAAGCGUUAUAGCGAAAUCUCUCCCAGUCCUAGGACAUCUCCUGGUGACCUUAUUUAAUGCCUCACUCUCCUGUGGGGUCUUUCCUGGUGCCUGGAAGAACGCUCAUUUGGUGCCCCUUAAAAAGAAACCUAUUCCAUCUACUGUUUCGGACUUCCGUCCAAUAGCCCUUUUGAGCUUUCUCUCUAAGGUUCUGGAGAAGAUCGUACAUGAGCAGAUCUCCGAUUUUUUAGCUUCAAAAAAAAUUCUUGAUCCUUUCCAGACUGGUUUUCGACACAACCAUUCGACGCAGACAGCACUACUAAAACUGACUGAGGACAUCAGGACUGGCAUCGAUAGUGACAGACAGCUACUCACCAUUUUGCUUAUGGUUUCUCUAGAGCUCGAUCCUGGGGCCCUUACUGUUCAGCAUUUACAUCAACGAUCUCCAGGAGGUGUUGGCCGGUUUUUGGGGCCCAAGGGGUUACUGACCGACAGUGUCGCCCAUUUACUCUACGCGGACGAUCUGCAAACCUACACUCAGGUCACAAGAGAUAAUCUUCGUGAGGGUGUGGAUCGCAUGUCAGCAGCAGCGCGGGCUGUGUCGGAUUGGGCAUCUCACAAUGCUCUGCACCUCAACACUGGCAAGACUAAAGCUAUCAUUUUUGGAUCUGAGUAUAAUGUAAAUAAACUACAGGGGUUGAACUUGCCCGGUGUCGAGGUGCAGACGGGUGUUUUUGUUCCUUUUGUCGAUGCCGUAACUAACCUCGGAGUGGUCAUGGAUUCAAAGUUGACGUGGAAACCGCAGGUGGAUGCAGUUAGCCGAAAGGUUAACAGAGCUCUUUAUGGGCUCAGAUCUUUUAGAUCCUGUACCAACGAGGCGUUACGUAAGCAGCUGGCCGGCGCUCUGGUCAUUUCUCACCUGGAUUACUGCUCUGUAGUGUAUCUUGACGUGUCGGGGGAGCUCGAGACAAGACUGCAGAGGCUACAGAACUCAUGUGUGAGGUACAUUUGCGGGGUGGGGAGGUACGAGCAUAUCUCUCCUUACAGGAGAAAGCUAGGCUGGAUGAAUAUUAAAGAGAGGAGAACUUAUUUCAUGGCGGUGUUAAUGUACAAGGCGCACAGCAUGGGGCAACCGCCGUACCUUUCGGCCCUCUUUGAGAAAAAUCAAUGUAGGACCUCGGGCAGGUCGUCGCGAGAUAUCACUGUCCCGGGAACAAGAACCGAUACUGGCUUGAAAUCGUACAGGGUGCAAGGCGCUCGCCUUUGGAAUUCGCUCCCGCGAGGUAUGCGGACACUGCCUUCGCUUUCGAGGUUUAAAUUAGCGAUGCGGAACUACCUCCUGCCGACUAUCAGCGAAACAUAA